AUGGCUCACGACGACGAGCUUGCCCAGAUGCAGCGUCUAUCCAACGACUAUGUGCCCGAAGACACUGGCCCGCUUGUCGGAGAGCGUCAGAGCACCACCGAGCUUACUGCCGAGUAUGCAAAUGGAGACCCCAUCUACAGGACCAAGACUGCUGCUCUCCCUCGCAAGUAUGCCUUCUAUCGCAGGUGUCGCGGUGACGGCCACUGCGGUUGGCGAGCCAUUGCCUUCUCCUACUUCGAGACGCUCAUCCGUGUCGCCGAUGUGGGCAAGUUGGACGUCGAGCAGGUGCGCCUCAAGUCGAUGCAGAACCUGCUCAAUGCUGCUGGUCACUCGGACGACAUCGUCGGCGACUUUGCCGAAGAGACGUUUGGUUUGAUGCAGGAGCUCGCCAUACUCAUGACGACUCCGAAUAGCGAUCCGUGCGAGCACCUUCUGCGCAAUUUCAACGACUACAGCCGAAGCAUGGCCAUCGUCACCCAUUUCAAGCUCCUAGCAAGCGCCUGGAUCCAGGCACAUCCCGACGACUACCUGCCCUUCGUGCUCGACUAUCCCGAUCUCAAGUCGUAUUGCGAGGAGAAUUUUGAACGUGCAGUCUGCGAGAUCGACCAUGUGGGUGUGGCGGCUCUAAGUGAAGCCGUCGUCAAGCCUGCGGGCUUCGCCCUGGAGGUCUUGUAUUUGGAUCGUUCGCCUGGCGAUGAAAUCAACCACACCUACCGAGCAGAACCCCUCGCCCAGGAGGGUUUCCCCAUUACAAACCCUCCUACCUUGAGGCUCCUCUAUCGACCUGGCCAUUAUGAUGUUCUGUACCGAGCUGAAGACUUCCCGGUAGUCAUUCCCCCUCAGGCCCCAAUACAGGUGGCGCUCGUGGGACAGACUGGCCGUUAUGAUCCUGGGGCAAUAGCCGCACCAAUCCACGACUACAGUGAUCUGCUGUUGUCCAUACCCGGAGCGAAGAUGUGGGAAGCACAGCCGACAUACGACUUCAAUCUGAAUCCCUCUCCGCCGCCGCAGGUUGUCCCCGUUUCUUCCUAUGCACCUGUCCCGACACCCGCACCACCACCAGCCGAACCAAUUCAUGACUUCGUCCCCCCUCCUCAUGCCCCCCAGGUGAACAGUCAUCCCGCUCCCCGCCAUCAUAGCAUCCAGCUCGAGCAGCCCGUUGCUCUUCCCGUCCACCCACCACCGCCGAUGAGCCUGGAAAGGGGUUUGCCUAUGACGAUUGAGAGAACCGAACCGUUUCGUCCCUCGGCGUAUACGCUCGAGCCAGGUUUCGGCGCAAAUCAGAUGCAUGCCUUGCCCUUCCAGACUUCGAUUUUCCGCAACUCGCAUUACAACACCGCCCAUUUCCUGAAUCCGGAUUUCCAGCCGGAGGAGUGGUCACCCGGUGCAGAGUAUGCGACAAGCAAUCGCGGUAGACACAAGUCCGCCUCUCAGUGA